AUGACGAACCCUAACGGCGCCGUCCAGGACAAACCAGACGACCUCGAAAUCACCUCCAUCGGUUCCCUCUACUCCGGCCCUUGGGACAAGAAGUACUGGAGCUCCUCUAGGGGGAAAGAUCGAUAUCCAUAUCCGAUAGGGUAUGGAGCUGUUCGAGCUCACAAUGGGAGCACAUAUAAGAUGGAAAUUCAAGAAGGUCCUAAAGGGCCUUUAUUUUUGAUUAUUGCUGCCGAUGGGCAGCCUUUUUCCGGGCAAACUCCUGAUAUUGCUUGGGAGAAAUUACAGAAAAAAUGCUUCCCACGCACGAAGAUUUGGCAUGGGAAGAGAUUUUCCUGCAAGAUAGAUGGUGUGGAGUUUUUUGGGUUCAAAAAUCGAUUUGUCCAGAGGCUACUUCGGGAGCUGGCAGCAGAGCAAAGCUUGUUACCCUCGAGCUCCUGCAAUGGAGCUUCUGGACCAGAUGUUGAUAACCGCUCCCCUGAGGCAUGUUCAGACCUGAGAGGACCACAGAUCACAGGGAAGAGAAGUAGGAAACGUGAAAGUGGAAAUGCAAAGUCAUCUACUCGGACAGGCAUUAAAAAGACUAGAACUGAAGAUCUGAUAUCUGUUUCUGAAGCUUUGAGUUCAGUAAAAGGGAAUAAGAUACAUAGCAAUAAUGGGAAUCCCAUGCCUCCUUCUUUAAAUGAAGAACAUGUUAUACCAGAAGUGUUGCCACCGUUGGUGCAUUUAGUAUCUGUUCGUCAAGCAGAGAACGAGAUUUCAGCCAAAGAUUGUUUGCCAUUGGAUUCUGCUGGCUUCUUGAAUCAUCUCAGCAAGGAUAAUAUCCCUGAAGAAUCAAAUGGUUCCCGAAAAUGUAAAUCCAUUCCGGCAGCCAUCAACAUGUCUGUGGAUAAAAGAAAACCUGAUACUAAGAGGGAAUUCAUUAAUUUCCCAAUGGCACCAGAUGACCAAAAUGUAGAUGCUACAAUUCCAAAAGAUUGCCAACGCCUGACUGAUGUUGAACUUUAUGCUCCUGAUACCUUAGAUUUUACACAAGAUAAAACAGCAGAUUCUCCUUCAACUAUCCAACUUUUUGCACCUGAUACCUUGGAUUUUACUCAAGUUAAAAAUGCGGAUUCUUCUCCAACUGUCCAAGAUAGAAGCGCAUUGGAUGUGGUCAUUGCUGAAAGGCUGCUGACUGAAUCACAUCCGGAAGAAGAAAUGGCUACUAAUAAAUCUGACACGAGUUCACAGAAUAUUGAUUUUGAUUCAGUUGGUCAGGAAAUGGCGAAGUCCAUGAUGACAUUUCUUCUUCCGCAAGCUAUUCCUCUCCUCAGUAAGCGCUCUAGGAAGAAAAAGGGUACUGGUAGCCCUUCAGUAGUUCCUCGCACAGUGAAAUCUCAGAAGGAAAUCAAUGAAACCACUGCUCCCUCCCCUGGUUUAAUGCUUUCCAAUGAAGACGCAAAGGAGGAAAAGAUACAUUCCCAAUAUACUGAUCUUGGUCCAAUUGCUCCAACAAAUUCUAUUAUUCCCGACAGUUUAGAUGAUGAGCGAUAUGGUGACCAUGUUGCCAAUCACUUGAUAAUGUUGUCUGAUAAGGGUGAAGCUGAUCAGCACCAUUCUGAUGGAGCAUUCCCUAUGAAUGAUCAUGGACAUCUUGUUUCCGGCAAUGAGCAUGGACAUCUUCUUGAUGCCAAUAAGCAUGACAAAUUGGUAGAUGAUCAGCUUGAGACCAAUGGAAGCAAGGAUGCAUAUCUGUGUGAGGAAGUGGGCAGGGCUUCAACUAGGAGGCUUCAGGAAUGUAGUGGGUACAUAUUGGAGUCUCUUCCAGUUUGUGUAUCUCCACAUAAAAAAUUCUUUUCUGAAAAUUUCACGGAGAAGUCUUAUAUCGAUGAAUGCCAAGUAGGUACUAUCAAUUCUAAUAGAACGAAAACUGCAGCUGAUUCUACCAAAGAUAUGGUUGAUGACAACCAAAGAGGCAUUCUAAAUUCUUCAAAGAUAUCAGAGAAGGAAAUCACUGCUAAGGCAGAGUUUACCGAAACUGGAAACGUGUCUUUUUCUCAAGUUCCCAACUCAGUGUAUACCAGGAGAAAGGUUCGGACUACAUCUCAUAGGAAAGGCAGUAACAGUGGUUCAGUCUCAGAAACUAUAAUAUGCAAAAACAAUGUACCUGAGACGUAUCCUUCCACAGAGACUCUGCAGGUGGGUUCUGAUGACAGUUCAAAUAAAAGAGAUUCAAUUUGUGCUGAAGCCAGGAUUGUUGGACACUCCAGUUUGAAUGCAAAGGAACCUUCCAUGAAUUCUAAAUCUGUAAUAAACGGCAUCUGUCCAGCUGUAUUACAAGGUCAAGCAUUAUUAGUUGGUGAGAAAGAUACUUCAUACUCUUCUGAUUUGUCUGUCUCACAUUUAGAAAACCAGGUUGACAAGAAGGUGGUUGGGAAUGAAAACCUCCUCCAGUUCAUAGACUCUGAAACAUCUCAUAAACAGGGGCCUAGUUUCAGUUAUGAUCCUAAUAGCAUUCCAUUUAGUUCAAAUACGAAGCCUCACAAAAAGGAACAUAAUAAUGGGCUAGCGGGAAUUCUUGAGUUUGUGGGAUGCUAUACUCAACCCGUUCCUGUUCUGUCAGUAUUGUUGAGCACAAAAGGAAGAUACAUUUAUGUUUCUGUUUUAUGUGGCUUACUGGUUGGUAAGGACGUCAGCCUGUUCAUUUACAAGGUAGCCAUAGAGGAACCGAUGGUUGGACACUCUUCUCUCGUUGGUCACACAUCAUUAACAUUGCCAGACCUAACCGAUUAUUCUAAUGGAAUGGCUUUGGAAAGAUUCUGUCUACAGUUCAUCCCAGAUGGACAGUGUCUUGUUUUACUUGACAAGAUUAGAACUCCAUUCUGCAGGCAAGGGAAAACCCAUUGUCUGUGCACCACAUGUGCAUCAAGCUGCUCUGAGGAGGAUGCAGUUAAGAUUGUCCAAGUAAAACUUGGUUAUGUUUCAUUAGUGACAAGAUUGAAAGCAGCACAGAGUCAAAGGUGUAUAUUGGUUUGUGAACCUAACAAUCUUGUCUCUGUUGGAAAGAGUGGGAGACUGCAUUUGUGGGUCAUGGAUUCAACAUGGAGUGCACAAAUGGAAUAUAUUGUUAUGCCGUCUGAAGAUUGCAUCUCCCCUGGCGUAGUGGACUUGAAGAGAAUUCCAAAUUGUACUCAUCUAAUUGUUGGCCAUAAUGGUUACGGUGAAUUCAGUUUAUGGGAUAUUACUAAAUGCAUCUUUGUGUCAAGGUUCUCUGCACCAAGUGGUUCAAUUUGUCAAUUUGUCCCUAUCAGUUUGUUUGCUUGGCAAAUGAAUUUCCAUGCUUCUAGCCACUUUGAAAUGGAAGAACAUGUCAAUCAAAUGAUGGCUUCAAUAUCGAAGACACUAUCUUCGUAUGAAGGGGAAGAUGUUGCUAUAUGUCUUCUUGUUUUGUCCUCCGAUUCUGAUGCUCAACAUGAUUAUGAAUUAGGCAAUUGCCACCCAAAUCCAGUUGGACGAUGGAGGCUUGCUCUAAUGGUUAAAAAUAUAGUGAUCCUUGGAACUGCAUUGGAUUCAAGGGCUUCUGUCAUUGGUGCUUCAGCUGGUCAAGGGAUCUGUGGUACAUGUGAUGGACUUGUGUAUACGUGGGAGUUAUCUUCAGGAACUAAGCUUGGCACCAUGCAUCAUUUUAAAGGUGGCAGUGUUUCAUGUAUUUCUAAUGACGAUUCAAGGUCAGGUGCCGUGGCCAUAGCCGGGGACAAUCAAGUGCUGGUUUAUCGCUCCAGAAAACAUUCUGUAAACUGACAUGCAACAAGCUAUUUUAUCUCUUGCCUGUGAAUAUUAGAUAUAUAUAUGUACAUAUAGAUGAUUUCUAGCGCUUGGUACACUGAAACUCGUGGUUUGGAUAGAAGAAAAAGAAAGUUUUUGCCUC